AUGGCGGAUUUAGACUUGGUGAACCGAGAUCCCAAUGAUAUCAACAAUCAUUUACAGGUGGCCUUUGAAGAUGUAUUGGCUGAACCGGAGGAUGUCCGUUCCAUGGACUGUGUCUGGAAAUUCACCUACAAAUGCUUCACUCUCUGGAAACAGCUGUGUUACAACAUCGCCACUCUCUGUUGCGGACUGUGCAUCGCCAUGAACUGGGGUUGUAUUUUCGCGGAGACGGCCUUCUACCACAUUUGGUACAUCACACCCUACCUGAAAUGGCUGGAGAUCAACUGUACACCACUUAGGAAGUUGUUCAGAAUGUGUCUGAGUUGCUGUAUGGACCCAGUUUGUGAAUCAAUUGGUACCGUUUUCCAUGCUUUUAAAAAGUGA